GUGUGUCACGUGUGUAAAUACUGUAUAGGCCUAGUAGUAGUAGGAAUUUUAAAAUUAUGGCUGGCCAAGUAAGCCGAAUUUUGGGAUCCUUUUAUGUAUUUUUGAUUUGUAUAGUGACUGCAGAUGGUUUGACAGUCAAACCUGAAAUUGUUUUAGAGAAAAAUGUAUGGGUUUCAGGUGAAGAUGCAGAAAUUAGUGAGUAUAGAACCCCAAUAAUGAUCCAAGCCCCGAAUGGCGAUGUCCUUGCAUUUGCAGGGGCCAGAAAAACCAGCCACGGCGAUGCCUCUGCAAAGGUCAUCACCAUGCGAAGGUCGAAAGACCUGGGGAUUAACUGGGGGCCUAGUGUAUUUGUGGUCGAUGAUUACAUGAACAGGGAUGGUUUAAAUCUGGGCAAUAUUAUAGUGGACGAACAAACAAGUUCUAUAAUCAUUAUAUACAGUUUCUGCAUUCACAAUGCAUGUGACCCUUCAAAGUACUACCCGACGAAUUUUAAAAAGGUGAGCUUCGACAACGGUUACACCUGGGCUGAAUCGGUUGACUUGGCGGAGAAAUCGCCCUUCUUCAAAGGUUGGAAUUGGGCACCUGGACCCGGAUACGGCAUCCAGAAGAAAAUUGCACCAAACGUUGGACGGCUUCUGUCAUGUGGUCACGUUGUUGCUAACGCCACUUAUGGUGCAAUGACCUGUAUUUACAGUGACGAUCAUGGUGAUACUUGGAACAAGAGUGAAAUGCUUGUGUUUUUGCCAAAUAAUAUGAAAAAGAAUAUAGGCGAUUUCACGCCAGGAGAACCACAGAUUCUUGAGCUGUCUAAUGGACGGCUUCUGAUUAACGCCAGAAAUGAGCAUUACUUCCACUCUAAGAAUCGCCUAAUCUUCUACAGCGAUGACGGCGGAAAGACGUUCCCACUUUCAAAAUUACGGGUUGACGAGGCCCUUAUUGAGCCUCGAUGUAACGCAAACACGCUCCUUCAUCAGGGAGUCAUGUUCUUCUCCAACCCUGCUUCGACAACCAGCCGAGUUAAUAUGACCCUGCGAUGGAGUUUAGACGAAGGCAUUAGUUGGACUGGUAGCCUGGUUGUUUAUAGUAACAAUAGCGAGUACUCGUGUCUCUCGCCUAUUGAUGACAACCAUGUUGGAUUACUCUUUGAAAAGGAUAAUUAUAAGGAGAUGUAUUUUGUUAAAAUCAAAUUUUGAACCAAUUUGUUUUUUUUAUAAAAACUAUUACAUUCCAAUUGUUUUGCUUCAUAAUAUUUUAAAAGCAACAUUUAGAUAGCAAUAUAAAUGAACAAAUUCCUAGGAAUAAAAAAACAAUCUGAAAUUAAGCUAAAACUUACGAUCCACAAAUUAAAGAAACUCAUCAAAUUUGUAUACAAUAUCAAUUAUAAAUAUAUAUACAUGUAUAAAAAGACAAUGAAACAAACUUAAGUGAUAGAGUAUUCACAUUAUUAUCAUGCAAUUAUAAUUAUUAUUAGUAUUAGUAUUAUUAUUGUUAUUAAUAUAAAUAUCUAACAUUGUCAGUCAAAAUCAAACUAUUAGUACAGUAAUUAGUAGUAUCAUUUUGAAGUAUAUUUUCAUAUCACAGUACUGAAUGCAUUAUUCAAUAAUAUUUCAUAAAUACUUUUACAUAUAUUGAUUAGCAUAGUUCAUAAUGGUUUAGCAGACUGAUGUUAUUUCUUUGUUAUGCAUAAAUUGGUACUACUUUUAUAUUUUUUUUCAAGCCCACCAUUAAAUUUCUAUUUUUUCAGCAUGGUGGGUGCACUAAAAGGCAAACAAUAUAUUACAUUGAUUUUAUAUUUUAAAUCAAAGUCAUACAAAAACUAGGUAUACGAAAAUGUAACCUUACAUUAAGUACAGUACAGUAGUUAAGUUAUUUUUCUGUGAAUAGGAGUAUUUUAUUAAAUAGUGAAAACACAAUGCAAAUUGGUUAUUCUCUGUAUUGGCUUUCGCAUAAAACGUUGUUCUGCGUCCACACUAUAGUUUUAUGUGACAUAUCUACCUGUCCCAUGUCACAUAAAACUUAUAGUGCGGACAGAGAAUUGAGCACAACAUAUACUGUAAUUUGGUCUAUGUUUACGUAGGUACAUCCUGCAAAGGACCUAAUAGUCCGUAUCCCGGGGUAUCCCCCUACUCGUCUAAAAAGAUGUACGGCAUUCUUUGAAGUGCACAUGAGCAAUUGUGUAUAGUUGACCUAUGGUUCAUAGUCCACAGGCGAGCGUGCCGUUCAAAUCAGCGCCGAUAUUAUGGCUGUAGGUUGCAGUGCCCCUGCCUUAACUGCUCGGCCAUACAGUAUUGGUCACACUAUAGUUGUGCACUUUAAAUGCAAAGAAAAUUGAUAUAUAUGCAAUUUUAGUUUGCAGUUGUUCCAUUGCUUUCUUUUGCAAAAGUGUUGGCUACAUCAAAUAUUAAUAAUUAUUAUGCCAUUAUAAGUUUUUAAAUAAUUUAAUAAUGUCUUUAUUUCCUCCAAAUUUACAAAAUCAUACAAACCAGGUAGAAAGUCUAUCCCACGCAGGGCAUUUUGUAAAUUAUAUUUUUUAAGUAUUUAGUGAUCGGUGGGAAUUGUGUGCAGUUGAAAUUUUUAGUAGAGGUAAAUGAUUUUAUUUGAAAUUUCUUUUUGUAAUCCAGUUACUUAUGCUUAUACUUUGUGCAAUUGUUUAAAUAUACAAAAACCUAUGUAUAAAAGGGAAUCGCACUAAAAUGGUGUAAACAGAGCAUAUUUUCCUGAAUUGAGAAAAAUUAUGUAGUGUUGGCUAUACUAAAAAUAUGACAGAAUUUGUAUUUUAAAUUUGUAAUAUUUAUGCCAGUUCAUCUUUUGUGCAAUGAUUAAAAUAAACACUGUGUAUUAAAACAUUAUUGUAUUUUAAUGUGGUCAUGUACUGCAUGAUAGUCUAUCAUAGAUGGAGAAAGAAAUAUACUGUAUGUAGUGUUAGUUAUAAUGAUAUCAAAAAAAUAGGGCAGAAUUUUGUAUUUUAAAUUGUAAUUAAUCAUUCCAAUUAAUGUGUUGUGCAAUGAUCAAAAUAAAUAAAAUAUAUUGAUCAAACUCUA